AUGAUUGAGGGAAAGAAUAACGUUAAGAUCAUCCCUCAACCUAGGGUCAGAAACAAGGAUGCUGUUGAUGAAGAUUUGGUAGGAGGGAAUAUUUACACAAUGCCGAACCAAGAAAUAGAAGAGAUUAUUUUGUCUUUGAAAAAGUUAUUGGAUGGGAACAGAAUGGUGCGAGAACGCGUUGAUGCAAUUGAUGAUCAAGUGAGAAGGACCCAGAUGGAUCUUGAGAGUUUAGUGUCAAGAAGUUCAAAUAACAAUAAACACUUACAAAGUUUGCUUCUUUCUUCGAAGGAUAUCAAGGAAUUGCACGACGUAUUGGAUAAAUUGAGUGUGCAACAGCAUGAACAGAUGGAAAAGAACCGCGAUGUGGAGUCUGUUUUGACGCGGUUAAUGGAGAAACAGUCUUUGGAAUUAAAAUCAUCGAUGGAAAACGUUGAAAUUCAGACAUUGGAACAGAAAAUUAGUCAAUUGGAGGCCAAGUCUGGGAAACUGGAGUCCCUUGAUGCUCAGGUCAUCGCAAAGGAGAAACAAUUGGCAAUAAUUGAAACAAAAUUACAGGAAAGGAAGGAAAGAUUUGAUGAGCUACGACAAAGGGCGAAAGAAGUACAAUCAUCUUUACAAGAUGAUUUACUGACCCGUUACAAGACAGUUCACGAUACUAUGUCUGUUUCUAUGGCGAAUUUGGCCAAUGGAUCUCGCCCAGCGGGAAACACAUCACGUGUAGCCAGUUUGCUACGAAAUAAAUAUAUGAAUGACACAUUCAAUGGAAAUAGACGAGUAAUAUCGUUAAACGAGCCAAGACCUUCAUCGUCUUCUGCAUUUGAUAGCAUACCGCAGAAUAACUCUGAUUUUGAAGAUUCUUCAUAA